AUGACAGGGUUAAACAGUGUAACGUGGGGAUAUAAUAAACUGUGCAGUCAAAACAACAUGGCAAAGCAAGACAGAGAUCUGAAGGGGGUAGUCGAAAGGGCUCAUUUCUAGGAUAGAGUGGUCGUUGAUUGGAAGACUGGGCGAACACUCAGGGAUAUGAGAAACAUGACUCUGAGAUGCUCCACCCAGGUCUACUGUAGGUGCGGUUGUCAGACUUCAUUCCUGAAAAGUCAUCAAUGCAAGCAUGAACUUAACUUCAGACUUUCUCACUACAAAUGCAACUUUGAAAAAAACAGCACAGGGAACAGCAACUUUUGAACAACAAUGAAAUCAGGGGAAAUAUUUGUGUUGUUUCUUCUGUUACCUAUUGUAGAGACAGGAGUCUUUGACUUUUUUAGUGGGUUGUUUGACAACGACAAAUUGUUACCGUUUGAUUCUGAAGAGUUUAAGAAAGAUCUAAGAAAGUCUCUAUAUGGGCAGCACAUUGCAUCGAAAACGAUACUGAAAGCUGUGUCCGGGUUUAUGAAAGAUCCAAAUCCACCGAAACCACUAGUGCUUUAUUUUUAUGGACCAUCAGGUGUGGGAAAAACUUAUGUCACCAAGAUCAUUGCAAGGAAUAUUUAUCAAAUGGGGGAAGAAAGCAAACAUCUCCACACAUUUUGUGCCACAUAUCACUUCCCACACAAAAAGGAGACGGAGUCAGCCAUGUAUGAAUCUCAACUUAAACAGUGGAUUCAUGGAAAUGUGUCAAGUUUUCCUCACUCCAUGUUUAUAUUUGAUGAAACGGAAAAGAUGAACCCACAGCUGAUAGAGUCUAUUAAACCUUUUCUGGACUACAUGCACCAUAUAGACGGAGUGUCAUUCAGGAAAGCAAUCUUUAUUUUUCUCAGUAAUGCAGGUCAGAAGGGGAUCAUCAACUUUGCUCUGGAUUUCUGGAGGAAAGGUAAAAUCAGAGAAGAAAUACAGAUAAACACAGAGGAAAUGGAGAAUCAUGUUUAUGAGCACAUCCUCAACGAAAAGAGCAGUGGAUUUAGUCAGUCCUGUCUAUUAUAUCAGCACCUGGUGGAUCAUAUUAUUCCUUUCCUGCCUCUGGAAUUGAGACAUGUGCAGGCGUGUGUUUUGGCUGAAAUGUCCAGUCUAAACCUCAUUGAUCAUGACGUGGCACACACAGUUGCAAAAGAAAUGUCCUAUUAUCCGCCAGAGGAGAAAAUCUUCUCUGUUAAAGGCUGCAAGUCAGUCAGACAGAAGGUGAUGCUGUACAUUGAUGAAAGAGACAUCAUUUAACUAAAAUCACUUGUUGUUCCCUAUGCAUUAUGAAGAGGAAUGCAUAAUUUAUUUUACCAGACACAUUCAUAGUGUCAGGAUUCCAUCACCAUCUCACUCCCCCUUCCCUCACUCCGCCCACUCAGUCAUUCACACGCUCAUUGUCACCCGAUUACUAAUCACUAUCACCUGGACCUCAUCAGCAGUGCACCCAUUUAUACCACAGACCAACAUUCACCCAUUGUCUGAUCUCGUCUACACAUGACACAGACUCUAUACCAUACGUACCUGUAUUCCUACCUACUAUCCCGAUCUUCUCAGCGAACCUUCUUCCCGCCUGCAAAAGAAUUCAUCAUCAGCUUUAUCUGCAAGAUAAAGAGAGAGACUUGGUUACACUACGGACAAGUUUCCAUCUGUUUUGUCAUCUUACCGGAUAUUCACCUAUUUCGUUGUACUGAUCCAUUCUGCAAAUUAAACUUAUAAACUUA